CUCAACGCUGUACUGGUAUCAGUAGAAGCUACAGACAAUAUUUGUCUCCUCUGAUGAUACAGACUAAAAAUGCCUUUUCUUGCAUUUGUGAGAGCAUGUUCCUGAGUAUAGAGAUUUCCAGACUUAUUAAAAUCCAUUUCAAAUGCUCUGAUGUAAAUAUGUCUUUGUCUGAACGCUGAUAGUAAUUUGACCACAGUUACUGUUUCAGAAUGAAGAUUGAUCAGAAAAUGGAAGUUUCAAAAUAGGUUUCAAAAAUUGUUGGCCUUUUACAUUUUAAUGAUAAGACUGUAUCAAUGUUGUCAUGCAGAAAUGAGAGAUACACCUACCAAAAACCUGCUCGUUAGUCAGACUCGCGUGGGAAGCAGAACAGCCAGCUUCAAGCGCUGGCUUUGAACGAGUGAGUCCGGGUACCCCAGGACCCACUGGUGUACCUAUCUGCCUUGCCUGCUCUUGCUGUGACCCGCUGUUUCACGCUGGGGUUGAGAAACCUUCUAGCCACAAGUUUCACUAAAACCCAGAGUACCGCUGAAAGGCCGUGUUGCGUAGAGCGCGUUCCAAGCCCAUCCCUUCUGACGCCGACCGGGUGUAGCGACCUACGGGAAAUAUAUUCACUGAGAACCUCUUUUAUGGCCAUUUGCUCCUCUCAGUGUAAUCAUGCUUUAAAUAUUCUACCUAUGUACAGAUGGCUUUGAAAGACUCUUAAAAAUCCAGCAGGAUUAUGUCAAGGGUAGCUGCAGGCAAUACUAUGUAAGAUCGUAAUUAAAAUGUGGUUUUAUGGCAUUUGCACAAUUACCAUAUGAAAUUUAGUUUUAGCACUUUUAUGUUUCUACACAUUCAGUUGAAUGCAUUUAAUUCUCAAUUAUAUCUACAAGAUAGUUGUGAAUUAAAAAAUUUGUCACAAAAUUAUUUUUAAAUUGUGUUUUGAGCAUAGUAUUUUUAGUUUGAUUGUACUAGAUAGAAAAGUCUUUAGGACAUGCAGAGCGUAGUAGGUUGAUAAGUUGUUCUGGACAACCUUGGGCAAAAUGUGUCUUAGUUAACCAUCUAAUAGUUACACCUGCAUGCUCAGUGCUAGAGAAAGCUUGACCAGUGUAUUUCUUUAUUAUUUGAUUACUGUUUCAGUAAAAUUCAAAGUGGUCUAUUGAGAUCAUCUAUAGCAGCAGACAUGCGAUGUCAUCUGGAAGCCAAUCAAUGGCUCUCAAUUAAUUCCUUCAUCACUUUCCUGUCUUACUGUCCUACGUGAGACUUGAAAAUCAGUAGUCCUAGCACUACUGACCACACAGACCAUUAAAUACCUGCUUGGGGGUUGUUUUUUUGUUUUGUUUUGGGUUUUUUUUGUUUGUUUGUUUUUGUUUUGGUUUUUUUUGUUGUUGUUUUUUUUUUUGUGGCCUUCUUGUAGCUUGAACUUCCUGUGUAAGGUUUCAGCAGCUUUUUUAUCUUUCCACUUACAUGAAAAGCUUCCUGAAAAAAGUAAGUUUCCUCUAGGUAAGAACAGAGAUGUUAACAGGUCUAAAUUGUUUUCAGGUGUUAGCCCAGGACUUGGAUCCGACCUUAUGACUUGAAGCCAAAACUUCAGAUGGGAAAAAUUAAAAAUCAAAGUAUGGCUGCUUAAACUAAAUCAGGACAUAGUGUACAACAUUCCUGGCUCAGUUCUGAAUAUGGACCAAAAAUUUAAAAAUGAGACGUAAUUCUAAUAUUUCAGAAUAUUUCUGCUUUUUUUUUUUUUUUAACAGAUGGAGAGUGUCUCUGGGGGAUCAUGGGAGGAAAAAAAAAAAAAGAAGAAUCAGAGCACUAAUUGUUGUAAAAGUGACCUCUUACUGUUCAAAAAUAAAAUAAAUCUGCUGCUGUGAAAUGUGUACACAUCAGUAUAAAAUAAUAAUCUACUUUGUGUACAUCUAAAUCUCAGCUUCAACAAAAUGAAUUCCCAUGAGUCUGGAUUGAAAUGGUUCAAAUUACGUUAAUGAAUUUUCGAUUCCUCAGCUUGACGUGUGAAGUGACAAAAUAUGCAAUCCGUUAACCAGUUCUGCCCUGCGUGUCAAUCUAUGGAUGCAUUUUAUUACUCUCUAAUCAAACCUUACGCUGUUCUCUCAGGAAACCACUUCUUUAUAAAGAGAGGGUGUAGGCAUGUUACACAUAUCCAGAUUGUUACAGCAACAAAAGAGCUGAAGUUGAAAAAGAUUUCUGAACUCUUGCAUUUCUGUCUGUGUUCCAUGUAUAACAUGAGCCAGAAAAUACAGAGAAAGAUCUGUGUUGAUUAGGACUUACAUUAAUACGGAAUGCAGAGAAAGAGCCGUGCCUCCAACACACACCACUGGUAUAUUUUUCCUUGUUAUUUUAAAUUAAAUCUGUGAUGAAGUAAUUAAAAAAUGCCUUUUAUUGCAGCUUUCAUUUUUAAUUCAUUAUUCCUUGCAACUACCAAUUGUUCUAGGCUCACAAAUAGAGCAUUGAAACAUUUCCUUUUCAUGAAUGAAGUUCUGUCCAGCCUGCAAACAGGGACGUCAUUUCAAGAAAAUGCACAGAAGUGCAGGGGAAGAUCAGGGACUGCAAAUGAAAACAGAGCUUGAAAAAGGACAGCUUUGUUUACUUGACCAAAACAGAGAAGGUAGCAGAACUAGGUUUUAAAUUCAAACUGGAAGGAGAUUUACUAGAGAAAGAGAAAAAUCUUUCUUCCGCUAAGUUCAUAAAAUCAGCUCUGGCUACUCGUAAAAGAUGUUUUUGUAAAGGCUUUUCAUUAUUAAUAGCCCUACUAACUCCUGACAACAACCCUGCAGCGCUUACUAAGGUAACCUCUCUUCUGCUACAAUAACUUUCACCAAUGAUGUGCUUUUUCCUUCGGGAAGGCGGAGUUAGGACUUAGUGUCAGGGCCAUAAAUACGAGGGUCCCAUGUCAGGGCAGCGAGGAGUCAGCGAGGGCGGGCGGCCCCCGAGCGUCGGAGGGCUGCGCGGAGCUCUGGGCACCGCGCUCUGGGCACCGCGGGGCGCUCCGCGGGCGCGCAGGCAGCUCGGCCGUCCAGCCAGCGCAGGGCAGCGGUGCCCCCCGGCCGCUCCGCCGCCAUGAGCCCGGCUCCCCGCGCCCUGCUGCUCUCCGCGCUCCUGCUCCUGGCGCGCAGCCCCGCGGAGCGGGCGGAGGCGUGCAGCUGCGCGCCCGCUCACCCCCAGCAGCUCCUCUGCGACGCGGCCCUGGUGAUUCGAGCAAAAAUAUCCAGUGAAAAGGUGGUUCCUGCCAGUGAUGAUCCUCUUGAUACCCACAAAAUGAUCCGGUAUGAAAUCAAACAAAUAAAGAUGUUUAAAGGAUUUGAAAAGCUCAAGGAUGUCCAGUAUGUCUAUACCCCUUUUGAUUCGUCACUCUGUGGAGUGAAACUAGAAGCUAACAACAAAAAACAGUAUCUUUUGACAGGUCAAAUUUUAAGUGAUGGUAAAGUCCUCAUUCAUUUAUGCAACUACAUUGAACCAUGGGAUGAUUUAUCCUUGUCUCAGAAGAAGAGUCUUAAUCAGAGAUAUCAAAUGGGCUGUGGCUGCAAAAUUACAACCUGCUACAUGGUGCCCUGUUCGAUCACUACACCAAACGAGUGCCUCUGGACAGACUGGCUGAUAGAGAGAAAGCUAUACGGGCACCAGGCCAAGCACUAUGCCUGUAUCAAGAGAAGUGAUGGCACUUGCAGCUGGUACCGAGGUGGUCCUCCCCCAGAGAAAGAGUUUAUUGAUAUCAGCGAACCUUAAAAUGAUCACUUCCGAAAAAGCCUUGGAGUCUAAUUCCAUCAAACAUUGCACGCUCACAGCUUUGAACACAUCGUCUAAUGUAUCUGUUGCUUAGAAACAAAACCAAAUUGUCCUGCACAGCUAAAGUACGAGUCUGUGGAAUUGGCACUCACGCAAGAUGAGGAACAAAUCUCCUGGAGGUAGCUACUCUGUAAAGUUAUGCUUUGUACAGAGAGGCUCAGGCUGAGAAUGCUCCUCCAAGACCUCUAAGGCAAAACAAGUUUCCCUUUUACCAGUAUGAAUGUACAAGAACAAAAGAAUUGCCAGAAUUUUGCCCCCUAUUUCUGUUAACCAACAGAUUAAGAGCCCCAUGUUUUAUUCCAAAUCUUUCUGAUGAACUACAGAAUGUUUUAUAGAACUAUUUUUUUCUGUAUGAAAGUCUUCUGAUACAAAAGAAUUAUUGUACAGUGUAUAUGUAAAGUAUUAUAACAAUGUGCUAUUAAAAAAGAUUCAAAAGUCCCUGUAUUUCCUUAUCUGCUGAAAAAAGCUGAACACUUCUGUGAUUAAAACAAUCUGUGCUCCAUAUUCUGUAUGUUACUUAUGUCAUAGCUUUCUUUAUCUAUAGAGUUGUAACUUUCAUUGGUAAAUAAGUUAAAAAACAGCCUUGAUAAUCAAAAUCCUCUUACUCAAUUCAAUAUUCCUAUGGACUAGUUAUAUGCUGUUGAAAGGAAAGCCAGAUGUCCUAAUGCUUCAGUGUUUUAUGGAACCAACACAAAUGAUGACAGGCUAAAACUGCUUAUAUUUACAGAAACAAUGUUCAUCAUCAUGGCAGCUGUAGUACUUGAUAAUGCCUCUCUAAAUAUGUGACUAGGUCAUUGUAUUUCAACACUGUUAAAAGCCGUGGCUUUAGAAAAUCAUAUAAAAAUAUAUGUAAUAGAUAUUGAGUAACUUACACUGCAAGUGAUUUCUAAAAAGGUCUCAAAUAUUUGACCAUAUUUAAUAGUUUAAAUUUACAUUAAUGAUUUUUUCAGUCAAGAAUACCCAUUGUACACGGUCAUAAUGAAUUUGGUAACUUAUGAACUUAUGCUAGAGAAGUAUUACAACGUAUUUUGCCGUUUAGUUUUUUAGUGUCUUAACUUUUAUGAAUGGAUUACUGUAGUUAGUAACUAAUCUCACACAUAUUUAAGUUUACAAAAGUAAUUCAAUUCACAGUGGUAAAACUUAAGAAAUUAUUUCUGUAAAUGCCAAAGUUCAGACAGUUGUUCAACUGCUUGUGUUCUAGAAACUGGAUGAGAACUGUCACGCAGGAUGUGAAUCUGUAAUAGCUGCCAUUUCUGACACAUUUUACUCUCUCCAAUUUUCUCCACUGGGUUUCUUUCACUUCAUUACAGUUGUGGCUAGAAAUUACUCUUAUGUAUUCCUCAUAUGAGAAUUUAGAACAAUAGUCAGUUCUGUUCUCGUUUGGUUAGACCAUGUCUAUUUAAAGGUUUAACACAAACACUUCACUCGUUCCUGCUAACCAUAGUGUAACAUUCCCCGCCCAUGGGCGUAUUCAGAAUCAGAGCUGUUAUUGUCUAUUGGUUCAAGGGUCCAGUUUUCCAAACAGUUCCUUUAGUCUGUUUGCAAUAGAGUCCUUCUAAAAUCACUGGGACAUAAACUUGCGAUGAAGAUGCACAUCUUUAAGUGCAUAGUCAUCUCUCAUUCCAUUCAAUUUGAUGUAGCUGCAGUUUGGACAUAAAAUUCCAUGUCCCAUGUAUCUCAUCACACCCUAAGGUAUGUUGUAUUGGAUAUAUAACGUAUACUUGCAAAAAAAAAACCUGUAUAAAUGAUUUUUUGUGACAUACUCUUUUCAUAUUUCUAAUGGUUAUUUUGACAGUUGCAUGAAUACGUAUUUAAGGGAUAGGUUUGAAAACACUCUCGUGAGAAUAAAUAUUCUUAUUUACUUUUUUUUGUGGCUAAACUUAAUAUAAUUCCAGUGAAGUGAAAUGGCGCAAGGCCAACAGGAAGGCAUGCUGCUAUUCCUUUGAGGAGUAUAUGCCCCUGAAUAGUCAGCACUUCACACAUUAUUUACUGUAAAUCAGUUUUUCGGUUUCAAUUUACAAUCCUAGAUUAAACCACCAUAUAUUUGUGCUGCCAAAUGUAAAGCCUCGCUCAUUUUCUGCUUUGCUAGAGACAAACAAAAAAUUACCUAACACUGAUUUGGAGCAUCAACUUAUUAUGGCUACUUACACAUAAAUGAUAUAAAAAGGCUGCAUUUCUUCCAAAAAGGAAUUGGUACUGCAGAGACAGUAUUGACAGUACUAUUUACUGUCAGGGCUAUGCAUUUAUAUUACUAAUUUACAGAAAGACUUAAAACCCAGGCCUUAUUUCCUCAUGUCAAACCAAAACAAUUCCUAGAUAAGCCUGCAAGGGCUUAAUAACCAUACAGUCUGAAUCAAGCACAUGGCUAAUUAAUAUUCAAUACAUGUAGAGUGUAGCAUUUGUUUCCAAAUUCAUUUCGAUGUAAUGGUGUCUUCUGAAUAGCACUCUGCAGCAAACAGAUAUUUUCUGCUUUCUAACUCAUAGUUCCGUUUCUAUCUCAGUUUUAUAGUAAUUAGACCUUAAACUCAACUAGCCCCACUCAGAUUGCCUUCUUUAUGUAUCUUAUAAAAAUAAAUGCUUUCUUCAAUAUUUAUGAACAAACUGUAAUAUGAACAUAUGCCAUAAUUAGUUUAAAAAACAUUUUAUAUUCAACCUCCCAUAAAAUAUCCCAUAUGAGGGGUUCCAAAAGUAACGGCCAUCCACUUUGAUUUCUGUCUGAGCAUAAAUCUGGCCAAAGUUGCUGCAGUGGCUGGUACAAAGAUUUUUUUUUUUUUCUUUUCCUCAUUACAAUAAAUAUGGCAAGAAAAGCUUUAUAAAAAAUCCUCUCAGAAUGAGUUUUUAUUUUCCCUGAGAUUCAGCACUGAUCAAGAUUAUUAAAAGGAUUAAUUACAAUGUGGCAUUCUGAAUACGUUAUUUUCCUAUCAAGAUUUUUACUGUAGUGGCAUGGAUAUAUUAUCAACAGCAGAUUAUUUUUACAUUUUAUUUUUACUUCAUGAAACUAUGUGUUACAGGAAAGGUUAGAGCAGAAAUAUAGCCUGGUACAACAUUUGAUUUUAAUUUGAAAAUUACUCACAUGACUUAUGACAGGAGUAGGGAAAAGAACAGAGAAGGGAGGCUGUACAGGUGAACGGUGAAAAAACACCACCUUGAAUAUUGCUGGCUUUUUUCUCAGUGUUCCAGUUAAGUUUUAAUUAAAUUGUCCAACAAUUAUGUUGAAAAAGCCAUUGUGUUUUUUUUUUUUUUUCAUGACAGAGAACAUAAGCGGUGGGAAUGCAGUGAAAUAAAGGGAACUAAUUACUGAGGGAAAGGCUGUAGAUAUGACUCAAAUAGCAAUGAGUUCAAAAAGCCUUACUGUGUUUUGUAUAGUUUUAAUCAGUCUGAGAUGAAUGUUUCUGUUUCAAAAAGUGUUUCAUUAAAGCAGCUCCAUUUUUACACAAAA